AAAAAAAAAAAACGAAAAAAAAAACUGAAGCUUAUUUUACUAUAUUAUGCCAAAGCGAGGUGUGAAUACUGGAGGAAACAAGAAAAAGAAGCAAAAGAUUUAUCAUUGUGCAAAGGACACUCAAGGAGGAGGAAGCAAGAGUAAUUUUAAUGUUACUCCUGAUAUGGCAGGCGUUAUUGUCAUGUGCAGUCGCGGAAAAGAAGGUCGUGCAGUAAAAGAAGCACUUGAUAUCUUAUCUCGAUAUGGCGAUGAACUUUAUCCUGUAGAACAAGAGGAUAAAAAAGACGACGACGAGGAAGAGGAGGAGGAAUUGGAUCUAGAGGCUUCUAUCGCUAAGGAAGUAGCCGCACUGAAGAAGCCUAAAGGAAAGAAGCGAUAUGCUAAUAUCACUACGGGAACUGAUUGCGUGGCGUUUAUUCGAGUCAGCCCUCCUAUCGAACCAGUCAAACUGGUACAUCAUAUGUUGACUGAUUUAAAUGAAAAGCAAAUCAAGACAACACGAUAUAUUUCAAGAUACCUACCUGUAGAACAAACAUGCCAAGCCAAUAUUGCUGAUAUUGAAAAGGCUGCUAAAUCCGUUUUUAAACCUCAUUUCAGUCAAGAAGACCAAGAUGGCAAAUUGAUCUCUAAAAAGUUUGCUAUUGCCUGCCGAGUGCGCAACUGUUCAAAAUUGGAGCGUAUGGAUGUUAUUAAUGCAUUGGCUGCUACUGUUGGCCCGGGUCAUAAAGUGGAUUUGAAGGAUCCUGAAUUGACAAUCAUUGCUGAAAUUUGUCAGAAUAUAUGCAUGUUGUCUGUAGUGCAAGACUUUAACAAGCUAAAAAAGUACAACAUUGAAAGCCUUCUGGGCAUUAACAAUGAAAAGGCUGAAGAAUAAAUCCGUUGUUACACAGUUGAAUAAAAACGAACAGUUUGUGUGACCGGUUGAUGGCAAAUCAAAAAAA